AUGAACAAUUCUGAACUAGUUAAUAAUUCAUCUACUACUAUUGAUCAAUCAACAAUAACAAAUGGAAUCAAAAUAACUGAGUUUUCACGUCGUAUUGCAGAGCAAUUAAUUCUUUAUCAAAUUAUUCGUUAUCCAGAUCGAUGCCUUUUUAUCUGGAUUGGAACAACAUCAUGUGAUAUAUCAAAUUUAGCUAUGACAAUGCCUAAAAUGUCAUCGUCAUCCAAUGAAUUUCUUGGUACAACACUUUUUGGUACGGAUUUUUAUGAACAAUCAUUAUCAUUAAGUAAAAAAGUUGCACGUCGUUUGGGUGGACAAAAACAAAUAUAUGUUAGUAUUAAUCUAACCAACGAUACUGAUAAUGAAAUGUUAUUAAGUGAAGUUGAACAAGGCCUUUUUGAACAUAUGCGACAAAAUGAACAAGUUUAUUAA